AUGGCACAUCAACAACAAUCGAAAUUGUCGAUAAAAUCUUUCGAAUAUUCUGAACUGAUUGACAAUUUCCUCUAUCUUGGCAGUAGUCAAACGUCAAAAAAUCUCGCUGGUUUGCAUUCAAUCAACAUUACACACAUUGUAAACUUAGCUGGCAAAUGUCACUACCCGUCGGAAUUUACUUAUGGGACAUUUCACAUCGAGGAUGGUGUGUCUAAACACAAAUGUGAACGAAAUCUUCCCCUGAUUCUUCAAUUUAUUGACCAAACUCGUCAUGAAAAGUCAACCAAUCGUGUUCUGAUUCAUUGCCGUGCUGGAAUGAGUCGAACACCGUUCAUAGCUAUUGCCUAUCUGAUGCAUUCGACGAACAUGUCACUCAUGGACGCGUAUCAACUUGUUAAAACAUGCCGACCACAAAUACGUAUCCAUGAAGAACAUUGUAAAACACUAUUGGAAAUGGAUAAAAGCAACAGUUGUACAUUAGAAUAUCUGAUGAAGGAAUAG